GUUUUAUCAAAGAAUCCGGGCAAAGAAGAACUCGUCAUGGCUUUGCUGUUUCGUUUAAAAUUAUGUAUCUCCGUCGCACUUUUAUCGUGUUUAUCAGCUCAUGGAGAACAACAUGGAUCUGCCCUACACGAUUCAAAGGUUACGAAAGAUAAAGAGUGAGUAUACAGUCGGUAUUUUAACAUCCCGCUUUCCUUCGACGAGGAAAUGGAGAAUUGUUAGUUUUCUUCAACUUCAGUGCGGUGAAAUAAAUUUUAGAAUUCAAAUACAAGCAGCCAUCAAAGCUCCAAGACUUUGCAGCUUUUAAAAAGUGCAAAAUUGGUCUAAUUUAUAUGGUAAAGAGCCACAGAUACUGCUGCAUAAAUUUUGAAGUUUCUGAAGCGUUUGUCAUGGCGAUAGUGAGCACUUGUGUUUCUUCUCUCGCUGAAAAGAACUUCAUCUCUUACAACUGUUACAAGUCUUGUAAAGGAUAUUGACUUUAUGUAAUUCAUACUUAUUACUGUUCAACCGUAGUUCGUAAAAUGUCACCUGAAAAUCGGUUAAAAAUUUGGUGUAUUCAAUUUUCUGAACGAUGUUUUAUUUUUCCUUCUGUGUCUUUCUUUUGCAUGUCGAAUAUUAAAUAUACUACCAAAAAACAUACGGUGAAAAAAAAUCCGAGGCGCCUGCUUUUGCCGAUUCGGCGUUGGCGAGAUUUUUCUAAACAAAUCGCCGGACUUUAUAUUCAGUGCUAGCACUCAAUUUUGUUUGAGUUUUAAAUGCGUUAAGAUGGCCUCAAUAUUGCGAAGUUAUAGCGAGAAUCGUCAAAACAACUUGUUUUAUGUAAAUUUGUCCAAUGACAGGAGAUGCCGUUUUUGAAACUAAAACAUAUCUAAAGCAGGUGCUUUUAAGCCAGCCGGUUUAAUAAUGGGUUUAUUUACUCAACACCAUUCUACACAAAAAGCAAAAGGAAGAAAUUAUUCAAAAUAUACAUCUGAAUUUGAAAUCGACAGGAGCUCAGUAACAUCUAAAAAGAAGAAAGGCUGCAUGACAUACCUAGUUAUCUCCUAUGUAGAGGGUCUGCAAAGCGGGAUCCUGAACCUUCUUCUUUUUCCCGAGAAUCCCGCAUCCCGAACUUCUAUCAUCGCUAUCCCGAAUAUUGGCGUUUUUUUCAGUCUACAUUUCGCAUCCUUGCCCAAAUUUUCUCAAUCCCGUUUCCAGGCCGGUAGAAGUAAAAUUCCGUUUCACGUUAACGUUUCGUAAAUCCCGCACUAUAUUUUGACCAAAUUGCGGAUCUCGUGAAUUACCCUUCCAGACUCCGCUAUGCAUUUUUAAAGGCCCGUAGGCAGGAUUUUUGUUGGAGAGGUGCGUAUGAGUAGAGCAUGGGAGGUGAAAGCCUGAUCGUGCGAUAAAGGGGCGGUUCUGGGAGCAGGCUUCACAAUAGAAUUUUCAAAAACUGAAUUGUCUUUGGUUCAUUUUCUGGCUCUUUUAAAGCAAGCACAGAGGCCUCUUUAAAAAGGGACCUUUUUAAAGUCGGGGUACAACGACGGCGACAGGCAAAGAGAACAAGCAAAAGGUUAAGGCUCCGUCCAGCGUAUUCGAAUUGUUUUCGACCGUCUACCGCGGAAAACGCCCAAACAACGAAAAUACGAUAGCAUCCCCGCGUUUUUCUUGCCCGACAACAGCGUUUACGUGAAGAUGGAAGGCAAAAUAAAAUGAGCUCAUUCUCUUUUGCGGAAUGCUAAAGCAGAGAAAAUAACUCUCCGUUUUCAAUAGCAUCCGGAUGCGUCCCAGUGCCGGACGGGGCCUUAGUCGAAGGUGGACGUGUCCUUAAGGGUAGACGUUAGCGUUCAAAAGUGCGUGCUUACAUUUUAGCAUAUAUAGGCCUAGGGAGCCACAAGAGAACACCCAUCAAACUCAGUAGCAAAAUGUCUGAAUAGCAACAACGAUGAUGACGGCAACGAAAAUGGGAAAAAACAAUCAGCAAAACAACAGCUAGCUUUGCGUGUGCAUCACACUUUUUGCACAUUUCUUUAGCCGUCAUUGCACAACUGCGACAUGAAACUUCCUACAUGGAAUUUCAGGAGCCUGCUUUAUAGAGUAGGUUGACAAAUCACAACAAUUUUCCUCUUCUUUUUCUUAACUUAGAUACGGUCCUUCGGAUUAAACCCUAGAAAAUUUCGUCAACAUUUGACAAUUUAAAAGAUCGAUGAAGUUUGAAACAGUACGAAUUCACUUUUUAAGUGACUUUUUUUUAUUUGUUGCCAUCCAAAACUUUUCCUCCCAUGAAAACAUAAUGUAGCGACUUCUCAGUUAAUCCCACUUUAUUCAUGCGUUGAAAUUGGGCUUUCACCCUUUUCGCUUCAACAUGGGUUACAAGCAGGUAGAUAGAUUUGCUGAAAAGAAAACCCUAGUUUUGCAAUUAAAAAUCGCUCCAAAGAUGAAAAGGUCUCGAGAAUGCAUCUACUUACCAUAGCAUGAAAUCUCUCUCGUUUUUCAGUUCUAUUUACAAGUCUUCACUUCUUCUCAACUGCUUCGCUUAUGUCUUAAGAUUUAGAGUUAAUUGAUUAAUUAAAGUUUUUGAAUAUUCCGCGUUUAUAGAUAUAUUUAUAUAAGUUUACGCGGUUUAGAGUGUGAGCGAAAGUUUGGAUGGAGAUUAAUCCCCUUGCAUUGCUGAUGGGUAACCGAUUUAAUUUAUAGUAACUUUAAUCUAAUGGGUGUAGUCUCCCAUAUCCACUUCCCCUGAAUAUUCCGCUGAAUUGCCUAUCUAACAAGACCUCAUUUGUCAUUUGACAGUCACAUCAAAGAACAUCUGAAAGAGGAAAUCGGUGACGUAAAAGAAGAAAUAAGUGAUGAAGACAUGCAGUUCCACUAUUUUAGACUACAUGAUUAUGAUGGCAACAAAAAACUGGAUGGCCUUGAAAUUUUUAAAGCACUGAGCCACUACCAUAAUGAAACAGGAAUCAAUGAUACCGCGUCAACUGCAGAGGAAAACAUGGCAGAAACAGUGGAUCAGAUUCUUAGCUAUGAUGACACAAAUAAUGAUGGCUACAUUGACUAUCCUGAAUAUAUCAAGUCACAAGAGGAAAUCCGUGAUGGAAAGAGAAAUGAAUCUUAAUCUCACUGAUAACAAAUGUUUUAAGCCAGUAUUUAACGUUUCCAUCAUGCUCUUUUUUGUUCCCUUUGACAGCCCUGUGAGGGUUUUUUCACUUCUAUGUGCUCCACCCACUUUGAGUGGACUAAUGGUUAGUCUGGAAAUUAUGGAGAAAGCCUGAGAAAUAGUCCACAUUUUAGGAUACUGCCACGGGUUUCCCCAAGAAAUGAUGUCUGAGGAAUGAGGACAGAAAUUCCAUUCUUAUGAUGCAUCAGUAUCCAUAUCUGGGUUGAGCUUCUUAUUGGUCGACCAAUCAGUACCACUACAUACCCAGAACUGGGUAGCAACAUGUCAUCAAAAUGGAAUUUCUACAGUCGUUCCUCAGACACCAUUUUGCUGGGAAACCGGUAAUAGCAUUGCCAAAAGUCGGCUGUUUUCUUAGGCUAAAAUAGAGGGAAAGUAAGUGUAGAACAGUGUAAAAACAGCCAGGAAGUGAGCUUUGUCAGAAAAAAAGGUUAAAAAAGAUGUCUGAUCUUUUAGCUUUUUUAAACAUAGUCAUUACAAAGUGUGCAGAGCCAAAACCACCAUAAUUCUUAAAAAUAUGGAAAAAACAAAUGACUUACUUGGAUGUGAUGUACUCAUUAAACACUACUUUUCCACAUUCUUCAACAUAUGCAAAGAAUAUUAUUGCUAGAAUGCUUUAAUGCAUUCAAAAUAAACAUUAAUUUCCCGAUACCCUACAGCUGUACUACUGUGUUGUACGUGUUUUCUUUUUCGGACUUUUCAAACUUAGCAAAACAAAACAGAUUUAGGUUAUUCCAGGUGGCUGUUGCAAAAAGUUUGCAUGGUGCAAGUUUCUGCAAGCAGAAACCUACUUUCAUCUAUACCGGACACUUUUCUGGCAUGAACCACAGAUAAAACCAAACCUCAGGUUAAGUCUGUCUAUGAGACAGUGUCAAAAUUCUUGUUCUGAGACCCCACCUGUGUACCGAGACUUGAGUACAGGCCAUGGUUUGCCUGUUAAA